CCAACCAACCAGAUCCCGACGCAGCCGCAUCCCCGCAGGCAAGAUGACGCACAGCUGCGCAAUGAUCCAUUGCACCGGGGCGCUGUCCUCACAAGCUCCCUUUUCUCAGGCAGCCAGUGGAGUUCGUCAUCCCACACAGGGCGUGGGAUGACUGAUGAUGACCCGCACUCGGGAUUUGACACAUGGCACAUGGGCACAUGGCACGGCCUUGUUUGGUGCCUUUCUGCCCUGGUCCUGGCCCUUCCUUGCGCCUUGGCCCGCUCCGCAGGCAGUGCAUGGCCUGGCCUGGCCUGGCCUGGCAAGGCUGGAUGGAUGGAAGGAAGGAAGAAGUAGGCAACCAGCUUUUGACUCACCCAUUCGUCCAUGAUAAUGAUGAUGAUGAUGAUGAUGGAUGGGCUGAGCCUUGCUUCUUUCUUUUUCUUUUGUCUGUCUGGGCGAAUGCGAAUUGGAAAAAGACGACAUCACUUAUUAAUUACCUAUCUUUCGUUUUGUGGCUUUUCUUUAUCAUACACGGAACGUUUUGUGUUUUCGAUUUGUUUCGAUUCGCUUUUUCUUUCUUUGUUUGGGCUUUUGUUUUGAUUUUCUUUUUCUUUUCUUUUUGUUAUCUGAAGCAACGGCAUGUAUAAUAGACUUAAUAUACCCAACACGCACGCAUCUCAUUCUGUCAGUGUUAUCUGCAGAAUAUAUCUAAUUCUUUUGCUCAUUCAUCUAUCCAUUAUUAUAUCUCAACGAUUAUAUUCAAUUAUUUAAUUGUAUAAAUAUAUAUAUCCCAACACUAUA